AUGCCCUCGAACGGCCCAUACUAUCAACCUGUCCAGGCGCAUGAUCAACCAGUCUCGGACGAGAUGCGCCUUGCCCAAGGCAUACUGGACUACACGGCCUCAGUCCCUCAGCCAUCUAUGUACCCGGAACCCAACUCGGAAUAUCAUCAUGCUCAGCAGCUAGCCGCGGACCAGGAUGUCGAAGAUCACGCCCAGCUUCAAGGUCUCGUUGAGGCUGCUACCAGUGCUGCCGCCCAAGAACAGAUCCGCCAGCGCAAUCAACAACUUCAAUUUGCACAGUCAGACCAAGAUCUAGCUUCUCUGCUGCGCGACCCCUCUGCCAGACUGUCAACUUCAAAGCGCAAGCGCUCUAGCUCUCUCGACAACGACGAUCCCGCUUCUGCAACUGAAUCCUCCAAGCGCCAAAGACAUUCCGAAGACAACCGCCACCACUCUCCACACCUCGAUGCUCGAGCUGCUGGCGUCCACUCUGCGGCCGCUCUGUUUCGACCCGCCUCAGAUUCUUCCAAGAAGUACACUCGUCCUCCCAUGUCCAAACUCUUCACAUCACUCGAACUUUCUCCGGAGAACUUUCUGUACCUGCAGGCCGCUGCGAAACAGUACAUGCUCAACUCGGACUAUCCUGAUCGACAGGCCUGUGUAGGCAAUAGAGGAAGAGGUGACAACGAAAUGGUCAAGGCUAGGAUGUAUCAGUGUGUGCGCGAGUUUCUCGAGGCUGAGGGUUGGGGAGAGAAGUACUUUGGAGAGAACGCACCUCCACCGAACGAUGGAGAAGCCAAUGCUCCACCUCAGCCACGACGCUACGUCUGGCCGCGCGACAGGGAUCGUAUUAUUGCUCUUUGCACUCCGCUCCUGCGUCGCAUGGUUACCAACGAGCGCCAGAGACAGUACGCUAUUGAGACACGCAAAGGCGGCAAGCAGGACAAGAACUCGCAAGACCCCACUGAUCCUCAGAUCCAUCAGUCGGCUCAGGAUCAGGACGGUGUCUCCAACCCUGCUCACGAUGGCCACGCAGAACCAUACGACUCGCGUCUGGAUUCUACCCCGGCUUACCACAUCUACCUCCUCGCCCCUGAGUCCGGCCAACUUGUGCGAGACCGCAUAUCCUUCGUCAUGGAAGAGGAGUUCAGUUGGCAGUGGCUACUUGACACACUGUUGAGCAACUGGUGUAGCGCCCUGCAGAUCGUCCACCCUCCGCCAGAUAUUGCAGCCAGCAUCCUCGAGCACUUCACCAUCAAAGUCCUCACUUCGUCUGGUCUGACCAUUGUAUCCAGCGAGGGCGAAUGGCAGUUGGCUGUUCAAGACAUCCAUCAGACCAUCUGGCUGGACAAUGUCAUCAAGGUUGUGGCCGAGGGUCCAGCCACACCAUAG